CAGAACGGACCCGAAAUGGCCAAAUGUGGCUGUGCCAGAACAAUAACCAAAACAGGAAGAAAAAAACCACAGUGGAACCUGGUGUGUCAGGACGACUGGAAGGGCCCGUUGACCAUCUCCUUGUUCUUCGUGGGUGUGCUGGUGGGCUCCUUCGUUUCAGGGCAGCUCUCGGACAGAUUUGGACGGAAGAAGGUGCUGUUUGUGACCAUGGGCAUACAGACGGGCUUCAGCUUCCUGCAGGUCUUCUCCACCAACUUUGAGAUGUAUGCUGUGCUGUUCUUCAUCGUAGGCAUGGGCCAGAUCUCCAACUACGUGGCAGCGUUUGUCCUGGGAACAGAAAUUCUUGGCAAGUCAGCCCGCAUUAUAUUCUCCACGUUAGGAGUGUGCAUAUUUUAUUCCAUUGGCUACAUGCUGCUGCCACUGUUUGCCUACUUCAUCCGAGACUGGCGGAUGCUGCUGCUGGCGCUGACGGUGCCGGGGGCACUGUGCUUAGCGCUUUGGUGGUUCAUCCCCGAGUCCCCCAGGUGGCUCAUCUCUCAGGGCCGGUUCAGCGAGGCAGAGGUGAUCAUCCUCAAGGCUGCUCGAGUCAACAGGAUCUCUGUCACCACAGCCAUCUUUGACCCGGCGGAGUUACAAGACCUAAGUUCUCAGAAGCAGGAGUCACACAGCAUUCUGGAUCUGCUCCAAACCCGGAAUAUCCGUGUGGUCACCAUCAUGUCCAUAAUUCUGUGGAUGACAAUCUCCGUGGGCUACUUUGGGCUUUCCCUGGACACGCCUAAUUUGCAUGGAGACAUCUACCUCAACUGCUUCUUCUCAGCGGUGGUCGAAGUUCCAGCCUACAUUGUGGCCUGGCUGCUGCUGCAGUAUCUGCCCCGGCGCUACUCCAUGGCCACCGCCCUCUUCCUGGGCGGCAGCGUUCUUCUCUUCCUGCAGCUGGUGCCCCCCGACCUGCACUACCUGACGACAGUCCUGGUGAUGGUGGGCAAGUUUGGAAUCACCUCGGCCUUCUCCAUGGUCUACGUAUACACUGCCGAGCUGUACCCCACAGUGGUCAGAAACAUGGGCGUGGGGGUCAGCUCCAUGGCGUCCCGCCUGGGCAGCAUCCUGUCUCCUUAUUUCGUGUACCUGGGUGCCUAUGACCGCUUCCUGCCCUACAUUCUCAUGGGGAGUCUGACGAUCCUGACGGCCAUCCUCACCUUGUUCCUCCCGGAGAGCUUCAACACCCCUCUCCCAGACACCAUCGAGCAGAUGCUCAGGGUCAAAGGAAUAAAAUAUAGGCAAAGUCCAAGCCACACGAGGGUGUUAAAAGAUGAGGAAGAAAGCCCCACCAUCCUUAAGAGCACAGCUUUCUAAGGGACCUCCAGAGAGUGAGGGCCUGGAGAGGACCCCGCUUCCGUCAGAGCGACCUGUGGGCACAGAGUCCUGCCCGCCACAGUCUCUGCGUAUUCCGCCAGCCCUGCUUCUGACCGGUUCCUACUUGGGCACCCAGACUCCGAACCUGGCGUGGCCCUAGCGUACUGCCUUCUCGUCAGGGACACCACCAUGGCUUUAGAGAAGUCCCACCUACUACAACAAUGGACUUGGCGCUUCCCACUGGAACCAGUGGGACUUGAGCAGAUGCUGGAGGUAUCUGCUAAAAUUGCAUUUGAACUUCAAAUGGCCUGAAGGAGGCCACUGAUAAAACUGGAAGCUCAAGUCCCGUCCUCCCCCCCCCCACACACACACCCCUUUUCCUUUCCCCAUUAGAUCUAACUCACUUUAGAGGACAUGAGCUAUUCUCGUAGGGAAAUUGAUUUCUCAUGUUGGCUCAGCUUCAAAGGGCAUUGACUGUGAGCAUUGCCUCCUGGGCCCGGGAGCACAGGCUCUGGGGGGCCCGGGGGAGAAUCAGACGGCGGGGACCGAGCAGAUCCAAGUGCGCUGGCGUUCGAGUACAAGGCACACUUGGUAUGCCCACGGGGUGGACUUGUUUACGUCUGAUCAAAGCCCCGGGCUGGUCCAAGCCCAUUGGAAAUGCACCAUCGACUCAGCCGUGCUUGUUCUCGGCCACUGUGUGAAGUCCCAGCUCCUAGCUCCUGUGACCGCUGUCUGGUGUGACGGAAGUGCAGCAGCAGCAAAGAAGACCAGCAGAGGAGUGUCUCCUCGCCACACGGGAAAGCGGGACUGGCCGUGUUGUGUCUGUGGUGCACCUGGUUUCUAUGCUGACCUUUCCUCCUUAAGUUAUUUGCCCUUCAGAACGGAUGUGGGAAAGGCUGGUUCCUUAUCUGCCUGGCAUGCAGCUCUUUUUCUGUUGUCCCUUCUUUUUAACCCUGAAGCACUCGGUCAGGGGCCUGCGGUUGCCACUUAUACAUGCAAAUCUUGGGCUUGACAGUCAUGGCCACUCGCGCUUCCCCCAGGGUCAACACUUAUCAUGCGUGUUCUUCUUGUGAUGGUGGUGCGGCGGGGUAAGACUCGGCUGCCAAACCUUUGUACUUACGAGCCACUCUGCUGAAAAAAACGAUGAGGCUGCCUGUCCUGCAAACUCUGGGGAACGCUUCUGCUCCCCACUCCCUGUAGGAUCGCUGUGAGUCAGAACAGACUCAGUGACAGGGUGCAGAGGCCAUGCAAAAAAUCCAACUGAAGAAACUUAAAUUGUGCUCCCAGCCCUUCCGAGAGGCUCGCUUCAGCUAUCUGACCAUAUUGGGAGGUAUUCUGUACUUUCUCUAAUUGACUGUUUUCUGCUUAUCACGGUAUUCCUGAAGCAGGUGCUUCACCUGGUUAAAAAAAACAAAACACACACCAUAUUUUUAUGAAAGCCACUGAAGUGCCUUGGGAAAUGAAAAUGUUUUAAUAAGUAAAAUGAUUUUUUUUUUUAAAGUAA